UGCAUCUCUUCAGGCUUCUGAAAAAAUAGGCUCAGCAUACCUCUUCCACUCACGAGUGAUAAGCUCAUAUUUCGCUGCUUAAUGUUUAAUUUCCUCAGACAUGCCGUGUGGAUCUAUUUGUAAAGUUUGCCCUGACAGAAAGCGUUUACAGCAUGGAAGAGAAGAAAGCAUAUUUUUAGGUUCUUGCAAAACUAAGCGUGUUGCCGCUUGGAUACAAGAGAAUAUCAAAAAGAAGGAAUGCAUCUAUUUCCAGAGGGAUCCCAGUAAAGGGGAGCUUAUAUGUUACUGCGGCUACUUGGAGGAUUACCACACCGAGGAAGCCAAAAAGCCAGAGAACUUCGUAGGACAAUCCUGGGACCGACACAAACAUGUCAAGGAGGAGCAAACGGAUGCUUUUGGACGCAUCACCUUUGGUGGUUCGGUGCAAAGGGUUGCUGAGUAUGCACGAGUGUCCACAGAGACCAAAUCCGAGACUCUCUACAAGUUGCUGACUGAACAGUGGAGACUUUCCCCUCCCAAUCUGCUCAUCUCAGUGACUGGAGGAGCCAAGAACUUCUAUCUGAAGCCCCACCUGAAGAAGGUUUUCCACAGAGGACUUAUCAAAGUGGCCCAGACGACAGGUGCAUGGAUCAUCACUGGUGGUACUCACGCUGGAGUGAUGAGGCACGUGGGACAGGCUGUGAGGGACUAUGCCCUGAGUAACACCAUGCAGGGGGAAAUCGUGGCGAUUGGAGUAGCAACAUGGGGUGCAAUCCACAACCGGCAUGUUUUGAAGUAUGAAGAGGGUAAAUCCAAAGCUAAUUAUGCGAUCGAUACACAAGGUCAAGGUCCUCUGUCCUGUCUGGAUAACAAUCAUACUCACUUCUUACUGGUUGAUGAUGGAACCCAUGGAAAGUAUGGUGUGGAGAUUGAGCUCCGUGCAAAACUGGAGAAAUACAUCUCAAGCAGAAAUCUUGGAAACAAAGUGAAUGGCGUAACUAUCCCAGUGGUUUGUGUGGUACUGGAUGGAGGAACAGGCACGCUUAAUACAAUCUAUAAUGCCAUGUUGAAUGACACACCGUGUGUGAUCCUGGAGGGGUCUGGCAGGAUAGCAGAUGUUAUCGCGCAGGUGUAUGGACUGCCGGUCAGCCAGAUCACGAUCGACUCAAUCAAAGAGCUGCUGAAGAACUUUUUCAGUCAAGAGUAUGGAAAUUUCAAGGAACACGAUAUUAUAGAGUGGACAAAAACGAUUCAGGACAUCAUCAGGAUGUCUCAUUUGCUGACAAUAUAUAGAGCAAGGGAGGACAAACAUGGGGAUGUGGAUGUGGAUGUGGCCAUCCUACAAGCUCUUCUCAAAGCUUCGAAGACUGGUGGAUCACGGGGAGCUGCGGCCUGGAAGAGGCAGCUGGAACUGGCUAUAGCCUGGAACAGAGUGGACAUUGCAGAGAAAGAGAUUUUUACUGAAGAAAGCCAGUGGAAAUCAAGUGAACUCCACUGGGCCAUGUUUUUAGCCCUGACAGGCAACAAGCCUCAGUUUGUCAGUUUGCUGCUGGACAAUGGCCUGGACCUGGAGGAGUUCCUGAGAGACGAUGAGACUCUGUGUGAGCUCUACCAAGAGCUGCCAAACUGCUUCUUCCUGUACAAGCUGGCCAAGAGGGUGAAGCCAUCAGGCUUCAGCAAAAGGUCUGGAGGCAGGAUGGCUCGUGUUAGGACAGGAGAGAAGAUAUCCCUGUUUCAUGUCUCAGCUGAAGUGCGCCACCUGCUGGGCAAAUUUACAAAACACAUCUACCCUCAACCCACCGGGAGGUCCCACAUUGUCAUGUCCAUAGGGGACAGCUCAGGAUCUGUAUAUAAAGAUGAGACUGGCUUCGACGAUCAAUUAAGUGAGGCUGAGCCUAAGAGGGAUGCCUGCAGAGAUCUUUUCCUUUGGGCGGUUGUCCAUAAGAACAAGGCCUUGGCUGAAAUUGCCUGGGCACAGUCUAGAGAUUCCAUCUCUGCUGCUCUGGCUGCCAGUAAGAUCCUGAAGAAAAUGGCACGAGAGGGAAGCGAUGCAGAUGAAACUCAGGACAUGAAGGAGCUUGCAAGUUAUUAUGAAGAUCAUGCAAUUGGUGUGUUCAAUGUGUGCAACAGACAUGAUGAAGAGCGGGCCAAGAACCUGCUGGUUCGCAUAUCCAGCUUUUGGGGCAAAACGACAUGCCUGAGGCUGGCGCUGGAGGCUGACAACAAAGACUUUGUGGCUCAGUCGGGCGUUCAGGCUCAUCUGAAUCAGAUCUGGUGCGGCGAGCUCUCAGUCGAUAAUCCUGUGUGGAAGGUGCUGAUCUGCAUCUUCUUCUUCCCACUGAUCUUCACCAACUUUCUUCUUUACAGGCACGAUGAAAUCCUCCAGAGACAAAACGAGAAGAAAGAAGAGAUAAAGUCUGUGGAAAAAGUUACAGGAAGCACAGUGAGGACAAAUAAUCAUCGACUUCAGAAUCAGCACAAUGAGAAGCCUCUGGGCUGGUGGCCCAAACUGGUGGGACUGUACUGCUCUCCUCAGGUCAAGUUUUAUGGAAACAUUGUGUCGUAUUUUGCCUUCCUGUUCCUGUUUGCUGCGGUGCUCAUGGUCGACUUCCAGAGGACGCCAUCUGCAGGAGAACUGCUGCUCUAUAUCUGGCUGUUCAGUCUGGUGUGUGAGGAAAUCAGACAGCUGUUUUACGACCCUGAUAGUUUUGGGAUACGUAAGAAAGCUAAGAUGUACAUUCACGAGCUGUGGAACAUUUUGGACGUUCUCUCCAUCCUCCUUUUCUGUUUAGGACUUGGUUUCAGGAUGACAACUGAGCUGUUCUAUGCAGGUAAAGUCAUCUUGUGCAUCGACUUUGUGGUUUUCUGCCUCCGACUCAUGGCAAUCUUCACCAUCAGUCGCACUCUUGGACCUAAAAUCAUCAUAAUCAAGAAGAUGAUGAUGGAUAUGUUCUUCUUCAUGUUUAUGCUGAGUAUCUGGGUUGUGGCGUACGGUGUUGCCAAACAAGGCAUCCUCAUCCAUAAUGAGAAUCGGCUUAACUGGAUCCUCCGUGGGGCUGUUUAUGAGCCCUACCUCAUUAUAUUUGGAAAUUUCCCCAAAAAUUUUGAAAAUAGUGAGUUUGAUAAAAACUCAUGCAGCAUAAAUGCUUCGGAGCCUUUCAAGCCCAAGUGUCCUGAGUUGAAUGACAACGAAAUGCCGGCAUUUCCUGAGUGGCUGUCGAUCAUCAUGCUUUGUGUUUAUUUACUCUUUGCCAACAUACUGCUGCUCAACCUCCUCAUAGCCAUCUUUAACUUCACGUUCCAGGAGGUCCAGGACAAUACAGACAAGAUCUGGAUGUUUCAAAGAUAUGAGCUGAUUAAGGAGUAUCACAGCCGGCCAAAUGCCCCACCUCCUUUCAUUAUCUUCAGUCAUCUCCGGCUCUUAAUCAGCAACAUGUUUCCCUGCUGCUCCCCUACCAGGCCCAACGAGUUCAAGAAGGAGCUUAAAAAAACAGACGAAGAAGAGCUACUGUUAUGGGAGUCCUUGAUGAAGGACAUAUAUCUGGUGUCUGUGCGGCAGAGGCAGAGCCAGAGCAUGGAGAAUCGAAUCCUGGACACAUCCCAAAGGGUUACCACCUUAACUGAGCAGCUGGAGAAACUAGGGGAGCAGAUCACUCAGUCCACCAAAGACUUGCAAUGGAUUGUGGAAAAAAUGAAAUGUCAGGGUGUUUCUGCGAUUGAAACACAGCAACAGAUACCUGAUAAAUCCUUCGAGUCUUUGAAGAAUGCAGCAGAGGAAGAAGAAAGCUUGCAUGUGAAGUCCCGUCAGCUUUACUACUCAAACAGCAAAAUAAAACGCUUCCCUGUGCCAGAGGAGAAAGUGCCAUGGCAGGUCAGCUUCAGCUUGUACGAACCCCGCUUUGUAGAUGGUGACGACCAUGUGGAUGAACCUGAUCAAGAAGUCUUGAAUAAAUACAGAAACCCACAAGGGAGGACAGGCAUCACAGGAAGAGGUGAACUCAGCUGCCUCGGUCCAAACUUGAACUUAGACCUUUUGUUGACACGGUGGCGGGACAGUGAGAGGUCUGUGCUGGAGUACUUGGUGGUUUUGAACUCAAACCUUAAAUCUUUAGCUCUCCCGGGGGGCCCCGUUGACUCUGUGGAUCAGCUGCCAGGAAGUCUAAAAGGAAUUCUGGGAAGAAAAGUGUUUGAAGCCCUUAAUGCAAAAGUGUCCGAGGGAAAAAUGGUGUAUAAAGGCUACGUGGACGACUGCCGGAACACAGACAAUGCCUGGGUGGAAACAGCCAUUAUAAAUAUUCACCUUGACAGAACAAGCCAGAUAAUGGUUGACAUUAACAACAUGCUGGGGGGAAACCAGGGCAUGCUUCAGUGGCAGGAGGUGAGCAGCAGUACCCGACUCAGCCCAAAUCAAAGAGUUGCGUUGGACCAGGUGGCGGCGCUGCAUAUCAAGAAGCUCUGAUCGUUCAACAUUGUUAUAUUUCCAUGUCACCAAGACAACGCAUCAUGAAACUUCUAAAAUUAAAGACAACCAGAGGGUCAUCUUGUGCCUUAUCACUUUGGCCUUAUGUUGCAAUACAUGUUUAUGCCUCACAAUACCAGAACUAGUAAGCUAAAAACACAAAUAAAGACAAAACAGAACUAUAAAUAUGCAGCAAAUAAUCACCUCAAUUGCAAUACUUUUUGUUACAGCUCCAUAAAUUACUAUUCAACCACUAUAUAGAAGUUCAUUUGACGGGAAUGGGAGUAAACACAUAGAAUAACAAUGGAAAAGAUGCUAAUUAUUUUAGAAACUGCUUUGUUUAUGGAUACAAAAGUAAAAACACAACAGAUAAAUGAUUUAUGAAACUAUUACCCAAUAGUACUUACUCUGUAUUGUCAACAGUAGUUUCUUGUCUUCCUUUAAACUUUAUGUAAUGGAAAAAUGUAAAUAUUUUUAUUGUCCAACAAUGGGGAAAUUCAUUCUCUGCAUUUUAACCCAUCCCCUUGUGGAGCAGUGGGCUGCCACUGUACCCAGGGAGCUGUGUGGGGUUAAAGGUCUUGCUCAGGGACCCAGAGUGGCAGUCUGUGGGAGUUAAACUCCGAACCUCUGGGACCCAAGUGCAAUGCUCUAACCACUAGGCCACCACUUCCCCUGAUAUUUAGCGACAUUCUGUUCUUAAUACAUAUGCCUUAAUAUGACUAGCUUGUGGGGAGGAUUUUGAAAGGAUCAAAUCUUUGUUGGAGUAGUUAAAAAAAAUAAUGUAUUCUUGUAGCUCUAAUUUGCAAGAUCUAGCAACUUGUUGUCCAUACUUCUCCUGUGUAGAAGUUUUUUUUUUUGCAUGAUGUCAGAGAACUAUUUUGAUCUCGCCGUGUGUGUAUUAUCCUGCCAUCGAGGGCUUCUUUUUGUUUUUGCAUCCACUGGAAUUCGGGUAGUUCUUUCUGGUUGAUGUCAGAGCACUGUACGCCAUUCGAUUUCUUUCAUGUAUUUACUUUCUGCACUGGUAUGCAGCCUCAUUUAAACAGGAAUGGGCAUUCUCUAAACUGUUUCCUCUGUCCUGGGAGCUGUCUCUGUCUUGGUGUCCGAAGCAUUGGAGGUACACUUUGAGGAACUAAGCUUAGCCCCAAGAAAACUUUCCCACAUCAUUAUAUACCACCUCCUGACUAAUUCACAAGUCAUUGUGACAGAGGAAGCGCUGUAGUCAUGGUAACUAGCAAACUCACAAUCAUCUAUAUGACUGCCAAUAAGUGAGACAUAAUUGAUAUCUCUGGAAGCACAUAUUUUAUAGUGCAGAGAUGGCACCAUCAAGCCCAGUGUUGCACCAAUAUGAGUAUUUAUCUUGUUUUUAAUAGAUUUAUAUUAUUUCUCUUUCUACUCUAAUAAAUA